CGCGGCUGCGCGGCGGUCGUUGCCCCGGGGUAUCCGCGGCCGCCAGGCCUGAUCGCAGGCCCCGAGUCGGGGCCUUUGGCAGCCGCGCCGUAGACCUGCCCGGUCGCUGGCCCUCGGGCCGAGGUCUGCGGGCCGGCGAUGGUGGGCGCGCGGGUGAGCGAGGUGCGCCUGUGAGGGAGGGCGGGCCGGACGCCGCAGGGGCGGCGCGGUGACCCGGCUGUCUCAGGGCGUCCCCUUGGGGGCGGGAGUUCUCCCUGGGUCAUGCUCCAGCGCCCCGUCGGGAGGGUGGCUUCUCUCUUGGAUGGGGAGUCUUCACGCCCCCCACUAAGAGGAGGCAUCAGACCAUAUGUAAAUGCUUGCUCUUGCUGGGCUGCUGCCGGCCGGUCCACUCUGUCGCCCAGCGCCAUAGCUGUCCUUCAGGGACGUUCACUUCGUGGAAAUAACAGCCGUCUCCCUUAGGUCUCUGUGGGGGACUCCCGGACUCCAGGGCCUCCAGCCAUGCAGCAGCUGAAGCACCCCAGGCCUGACCGGGAGCCCCUGUGGGUUCUCUCCUCUGUGUCUGGCUGGGGACAUCUGACCGUGCACCCCUGACACUGGGCGUCGCUGGCAGCUGCCAGGGAGCCGUGUCCCAGUGGGCUGGGCUGGGCCCUGGACUAUGCCGUCCAAGUCGGCCUGCCCGGGCCGCCCGGAGGCAGCAGCGCAGCAACCCAGCUCCCCCGGAGGCAGGACGCUCGGGGGGCAGCCCCUGAACAUGGACAAAGACCUCGCCCUCCGUCCAGGGUCCGCGCCCACCAACACCUGUCCUGGCCUCGAGAAGAGCCCGGGGGUCCCUCUGAACAUCCCAGCAAAAAUUAGUGGUGAAGGCCCACAGGCUCAAGCAGAACCCUUCACCCCAAAACCACCGGCCAGGCCCAAGCUGGAGCGGGCACUGUCCCUGGACGAGAAGGGCUGGAGGAGGCGGCGUCUUCAAACCAGUCACGAGGACCUGGAAGCCCGCAGUGGCGCCAGCCCCUCGGGGGGGUCCUUGCCGGACCAGACCCCUGGGCCCCCCGUGCACACUUGCUCCCCGCCUGGCCUGAGCACUUCCUUGCAGGAGAUCCCCAUGACCCGCAGGGUCCCGGGGUGUGCCCGCGGGAGCCCCACCUCCUGGGGCAACUGUAUCUCCGGAAUGGUCAGCAGCUCCCCGGACCUCCUGCCCCGGAGCGGAGCCUCGGCUGGGGGCACCCCCAAGCUGGCCGACGUGCUUCCCUCACGCCCGCUGCCCGCCAUCGACUGGAACACCACCUCCGACUCCCUGCGGACGACACACAGGGUGGACGCGGAUCACGCCGACUACAAGCUCCGCCUGCAGACCAGACUGUUCGGGGCCCACAGUGGCCUGGGCCCCGGACGACCCCCGAGCCCCCUGGCCUGUGACGACUGUUCCCUGCGCUCUGCCAAGUCCUCCUUCAGCCUCCUGGCGCCCAUCCGCGCCAAGGACGUCCGGAGCAGGAGCUACCUGGAGGGGAGCCUCCUGGCAAGCGGGGCGCUGAUGGGUGCGGACGAGCUGGCCCGGUACUUCCCAGACCGGAGCGUGGCCCUCUUCGUGGCCACCUGGAACAUGCAGGGCCAGAAGGAGCCCCCUUCAAACCUGGAUGAGCUCCUGCUGCCGGCCGAGGCCGACUACGCCCAGGACCUGUACGUUGUCGGGGUCCAGGAGGGCUGCUCUGACAGGCGGGAGUGGGAGACGCGCCUGCAGGAGACGCUGGGCCCCCACUACGUCAUGCUGUGCUCGGCAGCCCACGGGGCGCUGCACAUGUCCGUGCUCAUCCGCCGGGACCUCGUCUGGUUCUGCUCAGAGGUGGAGAGCUCCACGGUGACCACACGCAUCGUGUCCCAAAUCAAGACCAAGGGGGCCCUGGGCGUCAGCUUCACCUUCUUUGGCACCUCCUUCCUCUUCAUCACGUCCCACUUCACCUCUGGAGACGGGAAGGUCGGCGACAGGCUGCUGGACUACAGCAAGACCGUCCAAGGCCUCGCCCUGCCCAAGAACGUGCCAGACACCUGCCCGUACCGCUCUGACCCAGCGGACGUCACCACGCGCUUUGACGGGGUGUUCUGGUUCGGAGACUUCAACUUCCGCCUGGGCGCUGGGCGCGUGGCCGUGGAGGCCAUUCUGAGGCAGGACCCGGGCGCCAGCGUGCCGGCCCUGCUGCAGCUCGACCAGCUCACCCGGGAGAUGAAGAAAGGGUCCGUCUUCAGGGGCUUCCAGGAGCCGGACAUCCACUUCCUCCCGUCAUACAAGUUCGACGUUGGGAAGGACGUGUACGACACCACGUCCAAGCAGCGGACGCCAUCGUACACGGACCGGGUCGUGUACAGAAGCCGCCACAAGGGCGACAUCUGCCCACUCAAGUACUCUUCCUGUCCCGGGAUCAGGACGUCUGACCACCGCCCCGUGUACGGCCUGUUCCGGGUGAAAGUGAGGCCCGGGAGAGACAACAUUCCACUAGCUGCCGGCAAGUUUGACCGCGAAUUGUACCUAAUAGGCAUUAAAAGACGGAUUUCCAAAGAGAUGCAGAGACAGCGAGCACUGAAGACCCAGCACUCCAGCGCCGUCUGCACCGUUUCUUAAGUUUGCCAAAGGACUGUCUCCUGCCGCCGGGCGUAUCCGACCGAAAACCCCGGAAAGACAGGAGGUGGUGGGUGGGGACACCGAUGAACCAACCGCUCCUGCUGUCCUGGCAAGACCCGGGCAGGAGGCUGGCACUGCGGGAGGCAUGCCACCCCAUCGCUGGACAGGAGCCAGUCCGCUUACAGACGCGUCACCCGUGUCCCUGCAGACACCUGGCUUCCCUCAGCGCAGACAGAGCUUGGGCCCCGGCGCUGGCCGCACCACACCUGUCACUGUCACUCGGCAGCAGACGUGAGCAGCUGCCUGUGCUGACUCUCCCGACUCCAUGUUUGCACACCCACGGCCACGCCAUUGUCCAGAUCACCUCCCAGCACCCCUUCCUCACCUGAGCACAGGUGGCCCAGUACUGGGGAGGCUGCUCGGUGGGGUGACCUGGGGUCCCAGAUCCCAUGGCAAGCAGAAGGACCACGCUGAGUUGUUCACAGGGCCAAAGCCAGACAAUGUCCAGGGAGUGACCGUGGGUCCCCGCCGCUGGGCCAGAGCGAGGGUGAGGCCGACGCCUCAGGGCUGCAUCCUGGCCGUUAAGGAGCUGGACUUGCCCCCCACCGCCACCUCCCUCUCCUCUGGCUUUGCUGAUGGCAGACCAUUUGCUCGUGUAACAUUGGCCAUGAAUGGCACUAACAUAAGCAGUGCAUCUCUGGCCUGAGCAACUGCUGGAAGCUUAGACUGUCACCACACAGCCACCCGGGCUGGCGCUCCACCAUGUCUGGGAUUUUUUUCAAAGGGCUUAGAGCCCAUUAUUGCUCUGUCUCCCCCCAUCUCUAGGAAAAUUCAUAGGCUUUGAAUGUGGAACAAGCUAGGGGCAUUCAACCUAAUCUCUUAGAUUAUUUAUUUUCCAUAUUUAUAUUUUUAAAUAAAUGCACAUAUUGAACCUUAAA